AUGAAUUUAUCAAAAGUUCUCUUCCUCAUCACUCUUAUAACAUUAAAUGUAUUAUUAGUAUCGGUAUCAUCAGCACCAAUGAGAUUGGAAAAAAGGCCGAAAGGCGACCAGGUUCCUCCAAGUGGGCAAAGCAAAAGGACUAAUGACAUUCCAGUUAAUCCUGAUUCUUGA